AUGACGCCACUUCGGGAACUGGCAGGUCAGGCAUCCGACGCAGUGAUUCACAGCAGCGGACUGACCAUCAGGCCCGAGUACUUGUGCCAGAUUCUCGCAGGGGCCAAAGUCUGGGAGCUGCGCAAGAGCGCCUGCAAAGAUGCCCUGGGAAAGCGCGUUCUUCUGCUGGGCAGCAAGACAGGUCGCUGCUGGGGCAGCGUGAAAGUCAGUGGGUGCCUGAUGCUAACCACGACAGAGGCAGCGCUGCACGAGGACAAGCACGGAGUCGCCCCAGACAAGAUCGAGCGCUACGCGAAAGCCGCCUGCGUCCAUGCCUGGCUCCUCGAAGACCAUCUGAUCCUGCGGAAGCCCUUGGACGUCGAGAGAAGCCGCGGCAGCGUGAGCUGGGUCAAGGUCCACAACAUCCUGGAAAGUCCCGAACAGCAACAGGCGCUCGCAGCAUGUCGCAUGGCCACAGCAGAACAGCUACGCGCGGAAAUGGCUGCGCCCACCAAGGAAAUGGGGUCAACACACCGCAGCAAGCGCAAAGCGGCGAAGCCCACACCCGACAUGACCCACCGCAGCCAUGUCAAAAAGCGACGCAAAGUGGGCCAGCCCGCCAACAAGAAGAGUCCGAAAGCUGAGUGCGGAUGA